GGGCGAGAAGCCGGCGGGAUGCAGCCGCCGCCGGGAGCCGCGGCGCAGCGGCAGAAGGCGAAUGUGAGGCUGGAGCUGCCCGAGGAGCAGCAGCGGGAGAUCCGCGAGGCCUUCGAGCUCUUCCACACCGACGGCAGCGGCAGCAUCGACGUCAAGGAGCUGAAGGUGGCCAUGAGGGCCCUGGGGUUUGAGCCUAAGAAAGAAGAGAUCAAGAAAAUUAUCUCAGACAUCGAUAAAGAAGGGACAGGAAAAAUCAGCUUCAGUGACUUCCUGGCAGUGAUGUCACAGAGAAUGGCUGAAAAAGAUUCCAAAGAGGAGAUUCUCAAAGCUUUCAAACUCUUUGAUGAUGAUGAGACUGGAAAAAUCUCUUUCCAAAACCUGAAACGUGUGGCCAAAGUGCUGGGGGAGAACCUCACUGAUGAAGAGCUGCAGGAGAUGAUUGAUGAGGCAGAUCGGGAUGGGGAUGGGGAAGUGAGCGAGCAGGAAUUCCUGAGGAUCAUGAAGAAGACCGGCCUUUACUGAAGCCCAGUGGGAUUUAUUCCUUGGCACUUGUGCACAUUCCUUAGGGAACGGGAGCCUCACUUUUGUGGUGUCUUGAUUUCUUUGGAGGCAGCAGAAAAUACAGGUCAGUUCUGUUAGAAGUUUUUUGUGUAGAAUAUUUUUAAGUUUUAAAGGUGUUUGGGAGCAGUUUGCACCACUCUGUUUACAGGCAGCAAUGUGGUUGCUGGUUAUGAUGUUUACACUGCUUGAAAUACACAAAUCACAUUUUUGGCACCAAAUUCAGAUCCUUUUCUGACUAAAAAAAUGGGUCCAAAUGAUUCCAGUUAGGUAAAGAGAUGACUCAGAACCAGACAGUGUCAAUCUAUUGCUCAGUGUAAAUCUGGUUUGGGUUUAUGUCUUGGUUUAGGCCCUACAGUGAACUCUUUUUAUGAUAUAUUUGCAGGAACCACCUUUUUAGAACCUGUUUUAUGGGAUUAUCCAUCCCCCCCUUUUCUAGGGCAUUCUUUAAACUCAAAAUAAAAGUAAACUCCUGCAAAUUACCUUGUGUUCAGUUCAUAUGGGUAACGAAAUCUGUGCAGAAGGAAAUUCUCAGUGCUGCUGCUGAGAGCUCUGUGCUUAUAAGAAUGCUCAGAGGUUGCAGAUGGGAUUGGAUUUCAAAUAAAAUCUUAUUUUUAAGCCA